GCCAGAAGUCAGCCACAUAGUCCAUAGACCUUGCUCCGUUUUGAAUGAAAACGCUGCCACUAGCUUGGAAUUUCUUACUCCUCAAUGGCUAACCAGGUAUAGCCAGACUGACGCCGAGGACUCCCCGGCGACUCGCCAGGCAUCGGUCGUGAGCGCUCCGCGUGCUUCGUUGGGGAUAAAUCCUCUUUGCAUGGCCGCCGAUCAAAGCUGUGAUGUAAAGGAGCUUAAGAGCCAGGGCUGGAGGGGUCAGGUGAUCACACACAGACCCGACGGGAGGGUGGGCCAAGUGGCGGGGAAAUGAGGUGGAAAAACAAACAGAACAGCCCACUGAGGAUGUUGACAGUAGUGGAGGGUGUGUGUGUGUGUGUGUGUGAGGGUUUUGAUGUAGUUAAAAGGUCAGACCCGUCGAGGCCGUUGUGAAAAGAUGGUGCAUGUAUGGAUGCUGGUGGACAGCCGUAACGCGAUGUGUUGCUUUCAGAUCAUGAGGUCACUUUCCUCCGCCGCUUCCCCUCUUCGCUUCCCACCUGCCGCCUUCUCGGUCGCCAUGGAGAGCUCGUCAGUGGCUUCGGCGUCAUCCGAGGCCGGCAGCACGCGCUCGCAGGAGAUCGAGGAGCUGGAGCGGUUCAUCGACAGCUACGUCCUGGAGUACCAGGUGCAAGGGCUGCUGGGAGACAAGGUGGACGACGACCUGGACAUGGACAAUGGUGGGAAGGUGCCACAGUGGACAGAUGAUUGCAACGACUACAAAGAUGGCAGCUGGACGUCAUCUCAGGGGAGAAGCUCCUCAAAGCCAGAUGAGUGGGAGCACAGCAGUAACGGCAGCUCAGGUUCCAGGCCCAGUUCUGGGUCCAGACCGGGUUCUGGCUCCCGAGAUGGCAGUAGGGGGCGGAACAACCAGUUCAGAGGCUCGGCCAAGAAUGGGAACAAAGAUGUCUCCUUUGACAUCCUUGGCACAGACAUAUGGGCGGCCAACACAAUGGACUCGCGCGGGGGUACAGGCUGGGAUGUGCAGCCAGAGAAGCUCGACUUUAGUCACCUCCACAGGAAACACACACGAGUAAUACCAAAGCACCUGCCGCACAUCGACCGAGAGGGAAUGAGCAAAAACAAGUUUGAGGAAGAUGAUGGCGUAUACUUAAAUGACAUAGAGAAGUUUCUGCCCCAUCUGUGCUCUGUCUUCCCACCCCUUCCUAAUGAGGCUGAGAUCGCGCACACCAAAAAGCUCUUCCGACGCAAGAGGAACGACCGACGGAAACGGGCUCAGGGAGGAGGUAAGAACCAAUCUCCGUCACCGCAGCACCAUUGGGAUCAGCAGUCACCCAGCCCGACGGAAACGGGCGACAACAGAAACAACGGCCGCUCGCCUCGCCAGUAUCAAGGCGGACAUGGGCAACGUCAGGGCGGACACCCGCACGGAUGCAGCCAGAACCGACGCUGGCACUCCAAUCACAAAGCUACGGGACAACAGAUCCCCGCCGGUCCCGAAAGGGGACUACCUCUGAGAGCAACCAAAGAGACCAUCGAGACAAGUGACAAGCACGCGCGGCAGAUGGAGGAGCCUCGCGACUCUUCCAAGGCUGAGUCGGCGCCGGACGCUAACGUUUUGUCAGACGCGGCGGCCGGCAAAGAAAGCUCGUCGGGCCAGAGCGUGUCCCAAAUCAGCUUGCUGCGCUCGUCCAAGGAGCGGCUGGAGAGGAGACUAAAGGACAAGGAGGAGGCACUGACGGAGGUGUUGGGCGCACCCGGCAUGGACCGCCUGCUCAGGCUGCUCAACGGCAUGAGGAGCAAUAGCGGCGGCGUGGAAGAGCAACUGGCCUCCUUCAUGGAGGAGGCACAGAGCUCGGCGCGCUCCGAGGAAACCCUGAGCCAAGUCGUGGACAGCAUCUACGACAAGGCCGUGUCGGACCGCAGUUUCGCCGCCACUGCCGCCAAGCUGUGCAACAAGAUGGCGCUCUUUAUGGUGGACGGGACCAAGUUCCGGUCCUUGCUUCUCAAUCUGCUGCAGAAAGACUUUGCCCGCCGCGAGGAACUGCGGCGGUCGGACGUGGAGCUGUGGUUGGGCUUCAUCACCUUCCUGUGUGAGGUGUUUGGCAUCAUGAGGAGCAGUUCCGGCGAGCCGUUUCGGGUCUUGGUGUGUCCCAUCUACACUUGCCUGCGAGAGCUGCUGCAGUCCAAAGACGUGAAGGACGACGCCGUGCUGUGCUGCUCCCUGGAGCUGCAGAGCGCCGGGCACCUCUUGGAGGAGCAGCUGCCCGAGAUGAUGACGGAGCUGCUCGCGGCCGUGCGCGACAAGAUGCUGAGCCCGGCCGAGUCGCCGCUGACCCGCUCGCUCCUCAUGGAGGUGGUGGAGCUCCACGCGCGUUGCUGGAGUCCCCUGGAAGCUCCCGCCACGCAGUACUACGACCGCACCAUCCAUAAACUCACCGCCGCCACCACCACCGCCGCCGCCGUCACGGCCUAACGCGCCAUAUCUUCCCGAACUAUGGGCGCGUUUGGGCCACUAGGGGCAGUGUUGUACGGCAGGAGCUUAUCCAUGCGAAUAGAGACAUGUAUGUUGGGGGUGUGGGGGGGCUGUCUUCAUUGUCAUAUGUCCCCCUCCUCCUCCCGUCGCAUCCUCUCGCCCUCGUGGCUGAUAACGGACAGAAAAUGGAGGCAGGGAGCAGACACGGCGGGUUGUUUGCGCCGUCUGCCCUCCUCUCCGCAGGGACCCCUCACCCCCCCUCCCCCACCAGGUCAGGAGGUCUCGCCAUGGGACUCCAGCAUGCCUACAGCAGCCACCCCCUCCCCCUCAUAACCCCCCACCCCACCCUUUGUCUCCUUCCCUUAGCAGGAAGCCUUUUUUUGUAGGGACGAGACAGCGGGCCUGCUGGGCCCGCCUGGGCUCGGGAUAAGGAUCAGGCUGGCUCGAGUAGGGUGGCAGAUGGCGGCUUGAGCCCUCGUGAGACACACACACACACACACACACACACACACACACACACACACUUCCAUAAACACACGCAGUAACCCUGUAUCCCGCUCGCCGAUAUAAAAAAGAGGAAACAAGGGGGUCAUCGUUAAAAAAAAAAAAAAGAAGCACAUAGUACUGUUCAACCUCCUGUUUUGGCCCCCCGAGCCACAUUUAUUUUUAAUCUGUAUUUAUGACCUAUGAUUUUAAUAUCUUAUUCUCACAAGGAAUAUUAGUGCCACACUGUCAAGUUUUAAUAUGACAGGAAAUGGGAGACUCAAAAGAACGACAUGUUGAGUCACGAUAGCAACAAUUAAAAAAAAAAAAGGCUGCCCAGUUGUCAAUUACAAAAGUAAUCAUUUAAGGGGAAUAAAAUUGUCGUAGGAGAAGGAGUUUGUGAGGAAAAAUGUCAUCAUAGGACUGGAGUUGUGUUCAUAAAGCAAAAAAAAAAAGCUUCCUCAAAACCAGUGAAAAUUCUUUUAUAAUCCUCUUCAAAAAAAAAUUUCCUCUUUUUUUCAGUGUGGCACUAAAAACUUGUUUUGCGGAUUUUCGCCAUGUACAUGUACUUUCUUGCACACGUUGGGAGUCGAUUAGCAUUGUUGCGAGUUGGUUUGCUGUCAACAAACAAAACUGAUGGACAGAAAAAAAAUUUUUUGCUGCAGUGAGAGGAAGUUUUUUGUUGAGCUAAAAAAAAAAAAGGAAAUAAUGGAAGUGUAAUGCAAAUGUGAAGUGUAGCUCACAUUUUUACUCCUUUGCCGUGAACUGGUGCGUGUUCAACAUUGACACUAUUUGAUCAUUUUAUUAUGUUUGCGGAAUAAUGACAUUUAUUCGCCUGUGUAUUAUGAAGACCACAUAGCCCCCCAAAAAAAAGAAGAAAAAAAGAAACUCAAUGUAUAUGUGACGCUAAUGUACGCUGCGAUCGGUCAUGUAGCAUCUGUGAAUGAGCUC